AUGAAUAAUCUUACCCCUCCAAGAACUCACAUAACAACGGCUUGUUCUUUAUGCAAAAGAUUAAAGAAAAGAUGCGUAACUGAUGAUUCGUAUGAAAAGUGUAGAACGUGCGUGUUAAGAAAUCAUGAGUGUAGUUUUUCAAAAUCCUAUCAGAAACGCGGGCCAAAACCGAAGCCAGUUCAAAUUCCACUUUCGCAAUCGCUUAAUACGAAAUUUCCCAGCGAAACAGCAAAACCAGCCUUAUCAAAUAAAUGUGCAACUUGUUAUAAACAAAAAAAGAAAUGUACUUACAAUGGAAUGGCAGGUGAAUCCAAAUGUGAAAGAUGCAAAAAGAGGAAAAUCAAUUGUUUAUUUCAAUGCGUAGAAUGUAAAGCGAAUAUAAGCAAAGAAAACCCAUUUUCUCGCUGCAUAGAUUGUAAAGUAAUUACGAAAGAUCCACCCGACAAUGUACCCGUAAAUUAUCAUAUUGUUACAGAUGUAGAAGCCCGAAAACUUUAUCUUCGACAUUCUAAUUGUAAUCAUAAGAUUGAAAUUACUCCCGAUACAAUGAUAAAAUCAUAUAAAGCUGUUGACCCGACCUUCCAGACGACAACUAUCACUACAAACGAUGAACCUGAAAAUUCCAAUUAUCACAGUCAAAAAUACCAUGACUCUCACAUUGACGUGCUUAAUAAUUUCACAGCGGCAACAUUCAAUGAUUCGCAGCCUGUGUCCAUGAUCGAUAACUUUUAUUUCAACCUUAUGAAUUUAUUGAACAUGACAGCGCAA